AAUCACGUCAGGCAAAAAAUUAGUUAUCGUCUUAAAUAAAAAAAGAAUAUCUUGUCUAACACGAGGUAAUCGACAUUAAAACGUCCUUGAAGAAGUUGUAAAAUGUGCAGAAAACUCUAAGGUUUGAUAAAAUUAUGGAGUACGACGGAAAAGUCAAAGGGCUAUCGUUUAAAAUCAUUGAAAAAUAUGGGCAGUGAGUUCCAAAAUGGAAGAAAAGAAAAUUAACACUGUGAAAGUUUUUUCUUUACAAAUUUUUAAGAUUUUCCUUCAUCGCUAUAAGUUCAAAGAAUAAAAUUUAAAAAAAAGUGACUAAUAAAAAAAUCAACUACUUUGAAACGGUUCUUAAAAGGAUAAGAAUAAAAAACUAUAAUUAAGAAGAAAAUUGUCAAGAAAAAAUUGACAGAAUUAAACAAAAAACUCAUUAAUUCAAAGCGUUUAGUGUCCAAAUAAUACACUUAGGUAAUUUUGAGGCUUUGAGAUUAGUGAUACAUUUACAAUAAAGAGGUAUAAGCAGAGAGAGAAGGAAAAAAUAACAAAUUGAAAAUAAAUUUUAGUGUAAAUAAAUAAACAUGUCUGCCGAUAUAAAAAUGUCUCCCACACAACAACAACAACAAUCGCAAAAGGUUCAUUUAACGCCGCGUAAGGACUCCGAUGGCGGCUUCUCAACCAAUGGACGUAAUUAUUACGACCUUACAUCACCUUCAAAAGAUCCCCUUGGUUUCGACGAGAAUAAAGCAGCUCAUCCGCACUUACAAAUGGAUAAAUGUGACGAAUUUGAGUUCGAAGUGCCUGAAGAAGCACCAGUAUUUAUUCCAACUGCUGAAGAGUUCAAAAAUCCAUUGCUAUAUAUCCAAAAGAUUCGUCCAUUAGCUGAAAAAUUUGGAAUUUGUAAAAUAAAACCGCCGGCUGAUUGGCAGCCUCCUUUCACCCUAGAUGUGGAAAAAUUGAGAUUUACACCGCGUAUUCAACGUGUAAAUGAGUUAGAGGCCAAGACACGCAUCAAGUUGAAUUUCCUCGACCAAAUUGCAAAGUUUUGGGAGUUGCAAGGAAGUUCACUUAAAAUCCCGAUGGUUGAACGUAAGCAACUUGACUUACACUCCUUACAUAGACUCGUCCAGGAAGAAGGCGGAUUGGAAUUGGUGACGAAAGAAAGAAAAUGGUCAAAAAUUGCUGUUCGUCUCGGAUAUCCAAAUGGAAAGAAUGUCGGAACAAUUUUAAAAGGCCAUUACGAGCGAAUUCUUUAUCCAUUUGAUAUUUACAUGAGUGGAAAAGUUGUUGAUGGAGCGAAUCUUGAAGUUGGAGAAGAAUCAGAUGAUUGCGAUUACAAACCUCAUUGCAUUGUCUCAAGACAAUCAGUGAAACCACCAACAGAAACCACUGCAAGACGCUCAAAAAGAUUCCAAAACAUGGAAGCAAGCACCGACAUUGGAGAAAUGAAUUUAUCAAAAGAUAAACAAGCAGAACUUCGUCGACAAAUGACGUCACCAAGUAAAUCAACACGAGCAUCUGCAAACUCACCAUACAAACAACGACCUGAAUACUUCAACAUGCCAGUUCACAUGGUGCCAACCGAUUUAGUCGAGAAAGAAUUCUGGCGACUUACGCAAUCAAUUGAUGAAGACGUGAGUGUUGAAUAUGGCGCUGAUUUACAUUCAAUGGAACAUGGGUCGGGAUUUCCAAUGAAGAAUUCUGUUCACAUUCUUGGCGAUGAUCAACAGUAUGCCGAUUCACCGUGGAAUCUCAACAACUUACCAGUCGUUGAAGAAUCUGUACUUGGCUACAUCAAUGCUGAUAUUAGUGGAAUGAAAAUUCCGUGGAUGUACGUUGGAAUGUGUUUCGCCACAUUUUGUUGGCAUAAUGAAGAUCAUUGGAGUUAUUCCAUUAAUUAUUUACAUUGGGGUGAGCCUAAAACUUGGUAUGGCGUUCCAGGUUCAUCAGCUGAGAGGUUAGAAAAUUGUAUGAAACGUGCAGCUCCUGAAUUGUUCCAGUCACAACCAGAUUUACUUCAUCAACUUGUCACAAUUUUAAAUCCAAAUAUUCUCAUGAAUGAUGGCGUUCCUGUUUAUCGAACAGAUCAACAUGCUGGUGAAUUUGUUAUCACAUUUCCUCGAGCAUAUCAUGCCGGAUUUAAUCAAGGAUAUAAUUUCGCUGAAGCUGUGAAUUUCUGUCCAGCUGAUUGGGUGAAAUUGGGACGAGAAUGUGUCAAUCACUAUUCGAUCCUGCGACGAUUUUGUGUGUUCUCACAUGAUGAGAUUGUCUGUAAAAUGGCAUUGGAAGCUGAUCGAUUAAAUUUGGGAAUAGCCACAGCUUGUUAUCUCGACAUGGUUGAAAUGAUUGAUACAGAAAAAAAAUUGAGAAAAACGCUUCUUGAAUGGGGAGUGACAAAAGCACAACGUGAAGCUUUUGAACUUUUACAAGAUGAUGAACGACAAUGCGAAUGUUGUAAGACGACUUGUUUCUUGUCCGCUGUUUCUUGCUCCUGUACAUCUGCUUUUGUAUGUUUACGUCAUUACAAUGAACUGUGCAAAUGUCCACCAGAACAACACACACUCAAAUAUCGUUACACUUUAGACGAAUUACCGUUGAUGUUGAAGAAAUUAAAGAUUAAAGCGGAAUCUUUCGAAACGUGGUUAACAAAAGUUCGCAACAUUUUAGAUCCGGCAAUAUCAACAAAAGUUUCAUUCGAAGAACUUCAAGAUCUCGCUUCGGAAGCGAAAGCAAAGAAAUUUCCGAAAAGUCCACUACUUGAACGAUUAAAUUCAGCUGUUAUUGAAGCAGAUAAAUGUAUCACCGUCAUUCAACAACUUGACAUUAAUAAGAUACGAACGAGAAACUCGAACGACAUUGCGUCACGAUAUAAAAUAACGUUGGAAGAGUUGGAUUUGUUUGUUGGAGAAUUAGAUAAUUUAUGUUGUACGAUUGAUGACUUUGUGACGGUUAAAGAGUUACAGCAAAUGGGAUAUGAUUUCGUAAUCACUGUAAAGCGUCUUCUUAAUCAAGAAACAAUCACAACGAAUGAUCCGAAAGAGUUACAGAAAACGAUUCAAGAUGGCAGCACUUUAUGCAUUGAACUUCCGCAAUUGGAUCAAUUAAAAGCUCGUCUUGAACAAGUCAAUUGGUAUCGAAUGAUUAAAAGUUAUCGUGAGAAAACUGAACGUCAUCAAUUAAAUGUUUUAAAGAAACAUUUGAGUGAAGGUUUGAAAGUUCCACCACAUAACAUCAUCGAACGUGAAUUGAAUGACAUUAAAGAAAUGAUAAUUGAGAUGGAAGCGUGGGAGGAUCGAGCACACAAAAUUUUCGAUUCAUCAUCACCGAUUAAAUUGCGUGACAUUGAAGAUUUACUUCGAUAUGGAAAGACUAUUAAAGGCUUUCUCCCGUCGUUUUCAGUGUUGAAAGAAGCGAUGGAUCGUGCAAAGGAAAUUCUCGAACAGAUUGAAGCAUUACAGUCAAAUGAGAAUUAUCCAUAUGUAGAUUCACUAGAAUACAUUAUCAACAAUGCAAAGUCAUUGCCAUUUCAACUUGAGCCAAUUCAAACGAUGGAGAAACAUGUCAAUGAAGCGAAUGCUUGGAAGGACAAAGCUUGUCAAACGUUCCUCAAGAAAAACUCCAAAUAUUCUUUACUUGAGGCUUUAACACCGAAAUAUGAGUCUGAUUUAACAUUCGCUGUUGUUCCGAAAGCAAUGUCACCACCAAAUUAUCGAGGUGGAAGUGACGAUUGCGAAUCAGCAUCGCCAAGUUCAACAGCAUCAUCGUCGUCGACAAUCUCAGCUAACAGUUCAAAUGGCUCAAGCGAUACCAGUUACCUUGAUGAUUUAGGACCUGCUGUUGUUGUUGCUACGUUCAAGAAGGCCGAAAAGAAUGAGAUUUGUCGAAUUAUGGAGAUACGUCGAAUAAAUUCUGAGAAGAAUCCGGAACGUGAUCAAUAUUGUUUAUGUAAAGGUCGUUUUAUGGGUUACAUGUAUCAUUGUCAGCUUUGUCUUGAUUGGUUCCAUGGAUCGUGUGUGCCACCAAUGUCGAAAAAUUAUGAACCCAAACAAGAGCCACUCGACCUGAAAAGCAAAUAUUUGUGUCCAAUUUGUAUGAGAACAAAACGACCCAAAUUGGAUAACAUUUUGUCACUGCUUGUGGCACUUCAACAGAUACCUUUACGUGUGCCAGAAGGUGAAAUUGUUCAAUGUGUCGCUGAACGUGCAAUGCAUUGGCAAGAUCGUGUUCGUCAAGCACUGAAGCAGAAAGAUGUUGAAAUGGCACUUUUGGAGUUUUCAAUGCAUCAAAAGAAAGAUGGAACAAUUAAAGAUCCAAGUCAAGAACGGAAGCUUAAAAGAUCAAAGAAUAAAAUUAAAGAUCCUGAAUCAUCAGCACAGUUAACACCAAGUUCAUCAGACGCUGGCUCAGAUACUGGAAAUGCAAGUGACAAUGAUGAGUUGAAGUUGUUAAAUCCUGAACAUCCUUACAUGAACAACGAUAAAUCAUUUGGCUCAUUCCCUUCACCUGCAAUUCAACUCAGCAAAGUCACUCAACAUCUUCUUGAAGAGUUGAUGAUGGAAGGAGACUUACUUGAAGUGACACUUGAUGAAACUGUUUAUCUUUGGCGUUUAUUGAAUGCAUCAAAGAACUACAGCAAUGAGCUUGAUGUGAUUCGUAAGAAGUUUAAUAUUCCGCUUGAAAUGCCAACAAGAAUUUACAGUGAAGAAAGUAUAAAGAAACGUAAAAUUCUAAGUGCUGAUGAAAAGCCACCGAGAAAGUACACAAAAUCAAUAAAAAAAGAGAUUAAAAUCGAGCCAAUGGAACUAUCUGAUGGUGACAUUGAUGAUGAUGAUGUCAUGGAUAUUGAGGAAGCGGAUGGGACAUUGCCGAAAAAAGGAAAAUUAAUUGUCAAGCAGAAGCGUGUGAUGAAAACCAAAAAAAUUAAAAAACUACCGAAGAAUGAUGGCGGCAUUAAAGUUAAGCCGAAACGAAAGAAGAAACCACAACAACAGCAGCAACAAAACCAACAGCCAUCAUUACUUCCUAUUUCAACAGCAACAAUUGAAACUUCAACACCGUUAAAAGCUUCAAAUCCUGCAGAUCUUUCGAAACCCCUCAAGAAAAUAACGAAAACAAAAGAGAAGAAAGUUAAACAAAAGUCACAAAAACCUUCAAAGAAAGGUGAAAAAGAUGGCACAAAGCCAAAUGGAAGUGACUCCGAGUCAUCGCCUGAAGAGUCUGAUGCAUAUGAAACUUGUGGUGUUACUAACUGUCAGCGUCCAUCAGAAUCUGUUCAAGAUUGGAUUCUUUGCGAUGGCGGCUGUGAAGUUUGGUAUCAUAUGGACACGAGAAUGGAGAAUCACGGAUAUGUAAACGAUAGUUUUGAUACAUUGAAGACAUUGCACAUAAAGGAGAAAAGUUUGUUGGGCGACCUUCGACUUGCUUACCAUAACAAAAACCUGAAACUUUUUCUUAAACUUUUUCAUCGAACUGGUUAUAAGAAUAACUAUGAAGUUGAUGAUGAAAAUAUUUCAAACAAAUUUGCUAAUGCCAUUGGUUGGCGUAAAUUUAAGACGUCGCGCAAUCUUCUUUUUGAACGCGACGACGAUGAAAAUCUUUUUGAAGAAAUUCUGCGAACGCCUGGGGUUGGAAAUUCAAAGUACAUCAACCUAAUUUGGACGGAAUGUGAGUUGUGGCGGAAGCGCGAUAUUUUGAUUACAGCAAACUCAAAAGGAAAACAAGCGAUUGAUUACAUUAUUGAAUCGAACGACGAUGAAAAUCUUUUUGCGUUUCUUGUCUUUGACUUCAACGAUGAAUCGGAAACCGUCGCAAAAUCAAGUAAAAAUUAUUUCCUUAAGUUGAAGAACGAGCAAUACACGAAAAAAACUGGUGAAUCGCUAUUUCAAAAAUUUUAUUCAAUCAUUGACGAAGAAUGUGAAGAUAUUUGUCUCGAUAUCAUGGAGAAGUUAUUGAAAGAAAUGAAACAAAUUAUUGACAUCAAAGGCGAGACAGACAUCGAUGCAGUGUUAGGGAUGAAGAACGAAAUUUACAAAUAUAAAAUUUUAAAACUUCUUAUGACCUAUUGGAAAAUUUAUUCAAAAGAAUACAAUCAUUAUAAAACGAUUCUGUCGGAUAUGUCGCCUUAUUAUAAACUCAUCUUAGCUAUUAAAGAACGUCACGAAUAUGAGUUUGAAGAACUUUUCCCAAAAUAUCUUGAAAAGAUGAAGGAGAAACACGGCGAUUGCUAUGAAAUUAAAGUGAGAAAAGAUUGCAAUUCUUUACUUGAAUUUGCUUUAGCAAACAGUCAAAAAAGAGCGAUGAACAUCAUCAUCAAUUGUCCACUGAUUGAUCCCAAUAAAGUGUCGAUUAAAUGCGAUGACUCGGCAUUUGACAGUCAAAAUGCGCAUUACAUCAUGUCGAAAUUACUUGAGAAAGGUUAUUACUUAGGCAAUGAAGAUGAGAAUCGCGUGCCAAGCGAUUGGAUAAGCGCUCAAGUAUUUGAAGACUUUUUAGACUCAAGAGUUACUGAAGAUGGAAUUCACGGAUGCCAAAUCGAUUACAACUUUUUGAUCGAUCCAGAAGUUCGUGAAAUCCAAAUGAAAUCUGAUCAUGACGACAAUGGAAAGCUUUUAUUUAUUCGUGGAAUGAAAUCAUUGGAGAGCAUCUUAAAUAAUGAAAGGUUGAAGACUCACAUCACGCAUCCUGUUCUUUCAACGUUUAUAAAUUUGAAGUCGCGGAAAUUCCGAACAAUUUUCAACAUGAACUUUUAUAUUUUCAUUUUCUUCUUUAUGGUUCCGUUCUUCUUGCUUGUUACUUUAAUUCCAUUUAAUAAAUUCUACAGUGACCUCUUUAAGACUUAUGGUGAACUUACGAUGGUUAAAAAGAAGAAAAUUUACAAAAUUUUCGGUCUGACACUUGCACAAUUUUUGAGUCUUCCUUAUCGCGCUUGUCUUUUGGCGACAAUUUAUUUAACAUGUCGUGAAGGCUUUCAAAUGUUUGCCAUAAGCGAUAGUUUCAAAGAUUAUUUCAAAAAGAAAAGUAAUCAAUUUGAAAUUGUUAUUAUUGCAUUAUCUUGGACAUUACUUUAUGCUUACACGAAUCUGUCAUUAGCGCAGAUUAAAACUUACAUGUCGAUUCCAUCAGCUUUUAUAAUAAUUUUUGCUACUGUUGAACUUCUCAGCAUUCUUCCAUAUCCAUCAAUGUCAAUUUACAUGUUCAUGCUGAAACAAGUCACAAACACUUUCAUCAAGUUUUUAACUAUUUUCGUUCUCGUAAUAAUUGCAUUCACAUUCAGCUUUUGUGUUGUUCUGAAGCCGCCAACAUCAUCAGGUCCAUCACCAUGGAAACAAUUAAGAAAAGAUUGGAAUAAUUACACAAUGACGUCAAAUGAAACCGUACCGUUUGCAGAGUUUAAAGAACCGGCUAUAAUGUUCGUGAAUACUUUGGAAGAAGCACUUGAAGACAACAGCACGAUCUUCAGAAACUUCGACAAUCCUUUUACUUCUUUCUUGAAGACACUUCAGAUGUUGAGCGGGGAAUAUUCAAUCGAUCCUUACACUUUGGACUCAGUCUCGAAGCAACUUCUGUUCUUAGUCUUUGUAUUGACAUCAUUUAUACUUUUCAAUUUAAUUAAUGGCUUAGCAAUCAGUGACAUUGCUUUGCUUAAAGUUCAUGCAGAAUUUUUAAACUUAAAGCAACAGAUAAGAAGUGCAGCUGAAAGCGAAGGAGUUGUGAGUGACAUUUAUUGGAAAGCGAGUGGAAAGCUCAAGAAUAACAAAGACGACGACUUUGAAGCUAAGAAUAAUCAGAAACAAAAUUUACGAGGAUGGCGACGUUUAACGACUUACCUGAUUUCAUUGCUUGUUAGGAAGUAUCCAUAUCUUCAUAAAAUGGAUAAUUUGUGUAUAGAUUUCAAGCAGAAAACAGUAAAGUACGAGCAAGAUCAAAAACGCUUUCACAUUCUGCGCACACGAUCGGGAGUUGCUGGUUCAUAUAUUUUAGACGAAGAAACUUUAAAGAAACUCAGCGAAAUUGUUGCAAAGCGACAUCUUCAAGAACAAAGUGUUAACGAAAAGGUCGAAUCACUUGAGACUGAAGUUAAAAAGCUCAAGUUGAGUAUCAGAAGCCAGCAUGAAGAACUUAAAAUGAUGAUUCAGGGAAUUAUUAGUCAGAAAUCUUAAGAAUUUAUUUUAUUUUUAGAAACGGCAGUCAAUGCCUUAUUGCAGAGUUUCACAAACUUUAUAAAAGUUUGGAUCGAUGUAAAAGUUAACUUGAGAAGCACUGGUUAAGUGAAGCUAUAACGGUGUUGGGC